CCGUCACCCUGUUUUACCGACGAGGAAUGUCACUACAUGCGCGGCAGGCUGCGCGAUUUAUAAAAAUCGUACCAAAUACUAUCCGACACAAAUCCAUACUCGCCCAUUGUAAAAAUGUCAGCUGCAUCCGCGAGCAGCUCCGGUAGUAAAAUGAAAAAUGUGGAAAAUGAUAACAGUAGUAAAACGACAGUUGGCAGUGUAAAAAAGAAAAGUUCUAGUGAUAAAAAUAAAAAGAGCGAGUCUAAUGCAAACAGUACAAUUAUUAAAGUAAAAAGUGUGAUUCCUAAACGACGACAAGAUCUGCUGAAAUGGUACGGAUGGGGCUACAAGGAUUCCAUGUUCAAACUGGACGGAAACACAGCCACUUUUACUGGGAACAGAUACUCAAUAGGAGGGCAUACUCUACCAUACCUGGCACAAUGGGCAAUAGAAAAAUUCGGGAUAGAUCCAUCAAGAGAGCCAAAGAUUCCCGAGCUCCCUACGAAGUUUGCCGAAAGCAGACUUCCAGAAUCUAUUCGAGUGGAAUUAGAGCAGAUUGCUGAAGUGAGCGUCGAUGGCAUGGAUAGAUUAAUCAGAGCUCAUGGGCAGACACUGAAGGAUAUGGCCCAGUUGAGAACGAACAGCUUCCCGAGGAUUCCUGACGCCGUUAUAUGGCCUGAUAGUCAUGAGCAGGUUGAGCAAAUAGUGUCAUGUGCGUCCCGUCACAACUUCGUGAUCAUUCCGUUCGGUGGUGGAACCUCGGUAUCAGGCGCCGUCACCUGUCCCGCCAAGGAGACCAGACCAAUCGUGGUACUGGACACUAGCGACCUUAACUCCAUCUUGUGGCUCGAUAAGGAACAACUGCUGGCUAGAGUACAGGCAGGUAUAGUAGGUCAGGAUUUGGAACGAGAGAUGCGCGCGCGCGGCUUCACAGUCGGUCACGAGCCGGACUCGUACGAGUUCUCCACCCUCGGGGGGUGGGUCGCUACGAGAGCCAGUGGCAUGAAGAAAAACACCUAUGGAAACAUCGAGGACCUCAUUGUGAACACCAAGGUGGUGACCGCUCGUGGUGUGUUCGAGAAGAAUUGUCGCGUGCCCCGCAUGUCGUGCGGGCCCGAGUGGGAACAUGUCAUCAUGGGAUCUGAAGGGUGCUUCGGAGUCGUUACUGAGGUCACAAUAAAAAUCCGUCCGCUGCCCCCUGUAGUGCGCUACGGGUCGCUCGUGUUCCCCGACUGGGAGAGUGGCUUCCACUUCGAGCGAGAAGUCGCGAGGCAACGCCUGCAACCGUCCAGUAUCAGACUUAUGGACAAUGAACAGUUUCGUUUUGGUCAAGCUCUCAAAACUGAGAACACAUGGGGCGGCGUUCUCCUAGACGGCUUGAAACGUCUGUACAUUACGAAGAUCAAGGGCUUCAACCCAGCCAAGCUGUGUGUGGUGACUCUCCUCAUGGAAGGGUCAGCUGAGGAGGUCUCGGAGAGGGAGAGCAAGCUUAACAGUAUCGCCGCCCAGUUCGGUGGCAUACCCGCCGGUGCCACUAAUGGGGAAAAUGGAUAUACACUCACAUUCGUCAUCGCUUAUCUCAGGGACGUGGCUAUAGAAUACGACGUGGUAUCAGAGUCGUUCGAGACAUCAGUACCUUGGGACCGCACCCUCGCGCUCUGUGCCAACGUGAAGCAGCGCAUACGGAACGAGUGCGCCAAGAGAGGCAUCGACAAAUACCUCAUCUCACAUCGACUAACGCAAACGUAUGACGCGGGUUGUUGUAUUUAUUUCUACUUUGGUCACUAUAUUGGCAACUGUGCUGACCCAGUGUCGACAUACGAAGAAAUCGAAGAGGCCGCACGAGACGAGAUCAUUGCCUGUGGUGGAUCAAUAUCACACCACCAUGGGGUUGGGAAAUUGCGUAAGAAAUGGUACGCGGACACAGUCAGCGAGCCCGGACGGCAACUUUUGCUUGCUGCUAAGAAAGCUUUGGAUCCAGACAACAUUUUCGCAUUAGGGAAUAUGGCGUUUGAAGAACACAGCAAUAACUCGGACGUAUCAGUUAAAAGUGUGGAAGGCAAACACAUGGCCUACCCAGGCGUUGGCCCCAAUAAGUCUGAGGAUGAUGAGCAAAUUAAGCACACAUACUACCAGUGGGUGUGCUUUGUGCUACUCGGCCAGUCUGUCAUGUUCUACACACCAAGGUACCUGUGGAAAAUCUGGGAAGGAGGGAGGCUCAAGGCUUUAGCUUCUGAUCUAAGUAGCCCUUUGGUAACCAAGGACUGGUCAGAGUUCCGGCGUGGGGAGCUGGUCUCCUACCUGAGCUACACGAAUAUACACACACACAACAUGUAUGCCCUGCGAUAUGCCUUCUGUGAGAUACUAAACCUUGUCAAUGUGGUUGGCCAAAUAUUCCUGCUGGACAUAUUCCUGGGUGGUGCAUUUCGUAACUACGGCGCAGCUGUGGCGGCGUUCACACACACCCCUCGUGUCCCUGCCAACAUGAUCGACUUUGCGUCUGUUAACCCCAUGGAUCAGUUCUUCCCCAAACUCACCAAAUGUUGGCUCCGUAGUUAUGGUCCUUCAGGCUCCUUGCAGAUCAAAGAUCGUCUCUGUGUUCUUCCACUAAACAUAGUGAAUGAGAAGAUCUUUGUAAUCCUCUGGUUCUGGCUUAUAAUUUUGGCUUUUGUUUCUACUUUAUCUGUUCUGUUUCGUGUCCUUGUGCUUUCUCUUCGCCCUCUCCGCUCACUAAUGAUUGCAGGUCAGCUAAGAUAUGUGAAGAAGAGUACGAUAUCGCGUAUUGUGAAGCGAUUUGGUUAUGGUGACUGGUUCAUACUGUACUUGCUGGGCAAAAAUAUGAACCCUAUAAUUUACAAGGAUUUGAUUGUAGAACUUUCCAAAGAAUUGGAACAUAAGACUGUUAUGGUCUAAGCUCAAUUAUUAUAAAGUGAAAACUUGUGAACUGAAUCUAAAAUUCACCUUUUAAUAACAUCUUAGAUUUACUAGGUUUAGGAAAAAACUCCCAAAUUUCUUCACCUGCUUAUAAGGUUAAUUGACUGGAUAAGUGGUUCACUUGAUAUUCACUUCCAAAACUGUUCACAGUAUUGUAUAAGUAUACAACUAAGAAAAAGUGCCUUUAUUAAUAAUUAUUAUUAAUGGCUAAUAAACAAUUGUUUAAUAUCUUGUUAAUUUGUGAUUAAUGAAAACAUUAUCUUUCUUAUGGAAAGAAGUUGAUCUAUGUAAUUGCAUAUUUUUUAUUUUGCUUCAGUAAUUUAUGAGAAAAGAAAAAAAAGUUUAAUUAUUUUUGUUGCAUAAUUUUUGUUUGUUCAUGACACUAGACGAAAUUGUUAAGUUUUGUAUUGAUUAUAAACUUACAUUAUUAUUACAAUUACAGAGUAGUUUUCUUUAGGAUUCAAUUAUAGAAAUACUCUUUAAAAUUAUUAUUAUUCUUCUAGUAGAAAUGCCAAUAAUUACAGAAUACAAUUUAUGUAUCUCUUCCUUUGUAAGAUGAUAAUUAUUAUUAAAAUGUGUUAUUAUACAUGGUGGUUUUAUUUGUUUGGUUGUAAAUAUCCUAAACAUUUUUGCUAUAGUAAUGUGAAUAUUAUUGAGCACAAUAAAUAAAUAACAGCAAUUUAUCACUUGGUUAGCAAUACAUUUAUUGAAGAAAACAAGUUUUGGGACUGAAUAGGUAAUAUUAGUAUCAGUCUAGAUAUAUUGCUCCAAUUUCAAAUGUGAAAAGUUUAUAAAAAAUGGUUUCUUGACACCGAAGAAAAAGCAUUACUAAAAUUAAGUUUACUGACUACAAUCUCACUUAUCCUGAGCAUCCUCUGCAUCCACAGUGAACACACUCAACUAUUCUGCCUUCUUCUAACUUGCUUUUAGGGACCCUACAUAUGCAGUUAGUGGCAAAGUUAGUGUCUCUGGUCUGAAUACACCGCAAACAACAUAAGUUUUCAUAACCAGUCUUCUUCCACUUUGCUAUGAGAUUGGCAUCCGCUAUUUUCUCAUCCAAACAGUACUGGUACAGCUCUCUGCUGAUAGCUUUGCGUCUAUAGAACAAGUCAUAGAUGUAACGCGACUUUUGAUGGUGAAUUUUAAAAAUUGGCCACAGUGACUCCUGCUUGCGUUUGCCUUCAUGUGGUUCAGUUUCGGCUGCAAAGCAAUAUUGUUUUUUAA